AUGUCAAAUAAUUCUACUACAAGCGGUAGUGUACUUAGUAUUAAAAAUAUAAUAUCUGAAGUCGGUUCUAAUUCUCAACAACAACAACACCACGCGUCGCCUACCAUGUCUUCUUUACCUUAUAGAACUAAUAAUACUGGUGCUCCUCAUCAUAAUCAUCCUUCUCAUCCUCCAAAUUCUCAACUUCAUCAUCAUCAACAACAAUCACCAUAUUAUCAUCCUCAUCAUCCUCAUCAUCCAUAUAAUAACAAUAAUAAUGUUUCUUAUAGAACCAGUCAUGAUCAUCAAAAUGAACAACAACAACAACAAGUUGCUGGUAGAGAUUAUUAUCAUCCUCAUCAACAUCCUCACCAACAUCCUCACCAACAUCCUCAUCAGCAUCAUCCUCAUCCUCCAAUGUUAAAUCCACAGCAACAAAUUUCUAAUAAUGCAACAAAUAAUGGUGGCGAUUAUAAUUUUAGAGAUAAUAUAAUACCUGACGAUGGCUCAAGUAAUAACGAUGAUGCUUGUAGAUCUAAUAAUCCUAACAAUUAUUCAAAUGAACAACAAGUAAGAGAUUAUCCUCCACAACAACCCACUCCAACGAAUCGUCAAUCUUUUUCAAAUGAGGAUUCAUUGGCUAAUGUUUUGUUACUUUUAGCUAAUCAAAAAACCACUACAACCAAUAACAACAAUACUACAGCCAAUAAUACUACUAAUCAUAUAUCCGAUGUUGAAGUAGCAGCAAAUGCAUUACCAAGAGCUAAAAGCAACCCAAUGUCAAUAUUGUCAUUACUAGGUGGUGAUGAACCUAAUACUUCUUCAUCAGAACAGGCAAAUCAAAAUAAUUCAUCGUCAUCAUCAAAUUUAUCAAUAAGUACAACAAAAAUUCCACAAAAAGAAGCAAAAAUAAUUCAAAAGAAAAGUAGUCCGCAAAGAAGAAGAGCUUCAGAUGCUAUUCCCAUCGAUUCAAGGCCACCCUCAAUAAAUGCAUCAAAAUUAUCUGAAGUGCGUGAACAAUUAGGCGAAGAGAAAAAAACAAAUCAUCCUUUAAUUGCUCCACAGCUGUCUUCUACAAUGUCACAACAAUAA